AGAAUCCCAUUUCGAAUCCGUAUGGCACCUGAAAUCAAACAAAUUUUAACAAAAUUUGACUUGAUUGCUAAAGAGAAGAGCAAUUUCGGUCUCAGUGUAAGUAGUGAUGCUGCAAGGUCUGAUUCCCAAAGUCAAAACCACUUUCCACUCACCAAUUCCUUCGUAGAUACAACCGAUGUGUUAGGUAGGGAUUCUGAUAAAGAUAAACUAAUAGAUCAGAUGCUAUCAAAUGAAAGUCAUAACAGGGAAGGUGAUGUUUCUGUCAUUCCCAUCACUGGGAUGGGAGGCCUAGGCAAAACAACUCUUGCUCAACUCAUCUUCAAUGAUGAACGAGUUAAGAAGCACUUUGAGUAUAGGAUGUGGGUCUGUGUCACUAUUGAUUUCAAUCUCCAACGGAUACUCAGGGGAAUCAUAGAAUUUCACACUCAAAUGGAGGUCUCUAAUAACUUAUCCAUGGACAGCCUACUGACACGCUUUAAAGACAUCUUAGCUGGGAAAGACUUUCUGCUGGUUUUAGAUGAUGUUUGGGUUGACAAUUACCAAGAUUGGGAGCCACUUGGAAACAUUUUGAAGCUAGGAGGUAAGGGCACUAGAGUUUUAGUCACUUCUCGAUCCACCAAAGUGUCUGACAUUAUGGCGACCCAAACUCCCUAUACCUUACAAGAUCUGCCCCACCAGGAAUGUUGGUCCUUGUUCAAAAAAAUUGCUUUCAAAGACCAUAAGAACAUGUCGAGCGAAUUGGAAAGCAUCGGUAGGGAAAUUGUAGGCAAGUGCAACGGCUUGCCUUUGGCGGUGAAGGCAAUGGGGGGUCUCCUGCGUGGUAAUGUUGAUGUAGACAAAUGGAAAGGAAUCUUGAGAGACAGCAUAUGGGAGCUAGAAGACGAGAAAAGCCUCAAUAAGCCCAAAAUUUUGCCAGCCUUGAAAUUGAGUUAUGACCACCUGCCUUCCUAUUUAAAACAAUGUUAUUCGUAUUGCUCUAUAUUUCCAAAGGCCUAUGUUUUUGAUAGGAAGGAGCUGGUCAAGCUUUGGAUGGCUCAAGCAUUUAUUCAACCUAGAGGGCAAAGUGCAGAGGAGACUGGACGUGAAUACUUUGAUGAGUUGUUAACCAGGUCCUUCUUCCAAACUCUAGACAUUGAUAACAAAGAGAGAUAUAGAAUGCACGAUCUUAUCCAUGAGUUGGCAGUAUCAGUUUCAAGUCCCCAGUGCUGCCAAGUGAUGGACCACAAGUCGUUUGUUUUCUCUCAACAAUGUCGUCAUAUCUCAUUGCUCUAUCAGGAUUUAGAGAGUCCUACCUGCAAGCAGGUUUUUAAGACGUGUAAUAAGCUGCGCACACUCCUGCUGCCUAGCGAGUACUUGAAAAGCUUAGGAGGGCAAACUCUGGACCAGAUGUUUCGUUCUCUAAAAUACAUUCGUGCCUUGGAUCUAAGUUCGAGCUCGCUCACGGAAUUACCAGACUCUGUUGGAGAGUUGAAGCUAUUACGCUACUUGGAUCUCUCAAGGACAGAGAUCAAGAAGCUUCCCAACUCAGUAUGUAAGCUCUGGAAUUUGCAGACACUUAAGCUCCUAGGCUGCCUUUGGCUUUUUGAAUUGCCCAAGGACCUUGGAAAAAUGGUUAACCUGAUUUAUCUUGAGCUAGAUGACAUGUUUUGGUUCAAGUGUAGGGAGCUGCCACCAAGGAUGGGAAACUUAACCAGGCUACAGAAUUUGCAUGCAUUUCGAGUACUCAGCAGUACACCGGGACAUGGCAUUGGAGAACUGAAGGACAUGGCGGAUCUUACAGGAAAGCUGCAUAUCUCCAACCUGGAGAAUGCAGUGAAUGCAGCUGAGGCAAAGCUAAACCAGAAGGAGAGCCUUCAGAUGCUGCUGUUAGAAUGGACUGACAAAGACUUCAACCAAGAAGAUGAAGUCAGAGCAGAGAGGGACCUCAAUCACCUCCAGCCUCAUUCAAAUCUCAAAGGCCUGGCCCUUCAUCACUUCAAGGGCUCUAAUUUUCCUUCCUGGAUGACAAGUGGUUUGCUUCAAAAUUUGAGAACACUUACCUUAAGUCAUUGCAUUAAAUGUACUACAAUCUCUGUUGGUCAAUUACCUCGCCUUAGAGAGCUCUGCAUCAAAGGGAUGCUGGAACUGGAAGAAUGGCCAGAGGAUCAAUGUCCUACAUUGAAUAGACUACAAAUCAGUACCUGCCCCAAGCUAAGGAAGGUACCAAACUUGAUGCCAAAAUUAACAGUUCUGAAGAUAAAGAAGUGUGAUUCACUCAAGGCUCUUCCAGUGGCUCCUUAUCUGAUGUUUUUAAUACUUAUUGACAAUCUUGUUCUGGAGGAUUGGCAUGAAGGUAUGCUCACUGCCGUAGAUGAGCAACGCAACCCAGUAGGCCAACCUAGGCCUUCUCUUAUUGGUGUUUUGGAACUGAAACUGCAAAACUGCCCCAACAUACAAGCACUUCCUCGGAUAUUUUUUCCACAGAAGCUGGAAAUAAGAGGAUGUGUACAAGUAACUGCCCUUCCGUUCUCGCAACGUCUUCAACAUUUAGCUCUUGAAAUGUGUUCUAGUGAUGCACUCCUAAGGGAAAUACCGAGCACCAACUCUCUCUACUCCCUGGUCAUCUCGAAAAUCUCAAACCUUACCUCCUUCCCCAAAUUGCCACAUCUUCCGGGGCUUAAGAGUCUGUAUAUCAGUGAAUGCGAAGAUCUGUCUUCAUUGUCUGAAGAAGAAGGGUUGUUGAAAAGCUUGUCAUCUCUCCAACUUCUCUCUAUUCGAGGGUGUCCAAAGCUUGAAGCACUUCCUGAUGAAGGGUUACCGACAGCACUUGAAGGUCUAAUGAUUGGCUCAUGUUCCAGUCUAAGCUCUCUAGGUUCCAAACAGACCUUAAAGAGCCUUCACUCACUCACUGACAUGUAUUUAGAGGAUUGUCCCUUAAUUCAGUCCUUUCCCGAGGAUGGACUACCUUCCUCUCUGAAACAUUUGGAGAUUCGUGGAUGUCCCCUGCUAAUAGAACAAUGCCAAGAAGAGGGUGGAGAACGGCCAAAGAUCAGUCAUGUUAGGGACCUGGAAAUUGGUUCCAUCUGAUUGGCUGUUGGCUAUCUCAUAUUUCGAUUCAUGUUAUUUUAG